AUGAGUGGCAAGGAAGGCGUGCACAACCUCCAGAAGAAAGAGGACUGGGCCAAGGCCCUCGAGGAGAGCAAGGAGACCGUCCUCGUGCUCGACUGCUUCGCCACCUGGUGCGGACCCUGCAAGACCAUUGCGCCGUUCGUCGUCAAACUGUCCGAGAAGUACCCGACGGCCAAGUUCUACAAGAUCGACGUCGACGAGCUUCCCGAAGUCGCCGAGGAACUCGAGAUUCGCGCCAUGCCGACAUUCUUGAUCUACAAGAACGGCGUCAAGCAGACGCCCGUUGUCGGUGCUAACCCGUCUUCGCUCGAGAAGGCGGUUAAGGAGGCUGUGGAGGGAUGA